ACAGACCAGACCUAUCUAACUCACGCAGCGCUGUCAGCUAGCAGACAGACACUGAACAACAGACUAGACCUAUCUAACUCACACAGCUUAGUCAGCUAGCGGACAGACACUGAACAACAGACUAGACCUAUCUAACUCACGCAGUGCAGUCAGCUAGCGGACAGACACUGAACAACAGACCAGACAUAUCUAACACACACAGCUCAGUCAGUUAGCAGACAGACACAUUAGGACUGAACAACAGACCAGACCCAUCUAACUAAUGCCGCGUAGCGCUUUCAGCUAGCAUGGCAGGGACAGAGACUAAGCCUGAUAAUACCAGACAUUCAGGGGAUACUACGACCUGAACAACAGACACACUUCUUCUCAGGAGAAACUACAGCCUGAACAACAGACAGGCACAUUAGGACUUCUUCUAAACCACACAUGGGACUGUAAAUACUUGAUCCGGUCCAGACGAAACAGAACUGAAUCAGAAUGAAGCUCAUCAAGCACAUUCCACUGCUACAGAUCCUGUUCCUUUCACGGAUUGUGGCGAGUGUCGGACUGCAGAGAGCUCCUCGCAUCACAACCCUGCUGGAGACCUUGGACAUCCUGUUGGAUCACAACGCCACGUUCAUCUGUGAAGUUGACUCCCGACCAUCAGCUGAUGUCACGUGGACACGGAACAACCAACCAGUCCCAUACUAUGACUCCCGCUACACGAUCAGGGAGAAUGGCCAGAUGCUAUUGAUCCCCAACGUCAAAGAGUCGGAUAACGGGGAGUACUGCUGUGUUGCUAACAACGGCAUCGGAGAGCCGGCCAAGAGCUGUGGAGCCCUGCAGCUUAAAAUGAAGCCUCAGAUAAAAAGACACCCCACCAACAUGACGCUACUGAUUGAGUCCAAGGCCGUGUUGCCCUGUGUGACGCUAGGAAACCCCAAACCAGACAUCUCCUGGAUCAAAGAUGAUGCUCUUAUGACGGUGAGUGAUCGGAUCACGAUUCUGGAUUAUGGCACUCUGAAGAUCCAUAACAUCAAGAAGGAAGACGCAGGGCAGUACCGGUGUGUGGCCAAGAACAGCUUCGGGAUCGCCUUCUCCAAACCAGUCACCAUAGAAGUACAGGCCCCAGCCCGGAUCCUCAGGGUCCCUAAGGAUAAGAGAGUGACCUUCGGUAGUGAGGUCUCUCUGGAGUGUAACGCCACUGGAAACCCUAUCCCCGCCAUCACAUGGUUGGAGAACGGGAAUACCGUUCCGGGUGGCUCUGUGGAGGAGACGUUAGCAGGAGAGGUGAUUCUGUCUGUGCUACACAUCACGGUGACUAAACCUGCUCGCUACACAUGUCUAGCCUCCAACAGACACAGCGCUGGGGCCAAGUCCGCCAAAUCUUCAGCCGGAGUCACUGUCCAAGAGUGGAGGCUGUAUAAAGGCAGUGGGGGUUAUUGUGGUGCGUACCGUGGUAAUGUGUGUCGGGACAUGUUAAGGAGCGACGCCCUGGUCUUCUUUAACUCCUCCCUCAACGACCCCGAGGACACACAGGAGUUCAUGGUUCAGAGCGCCUGGGCUGAUCUCGACAGACUGGGCAUGCUCUGUAGCCCUGCCGCCCACUCCCUGCUCUGUCAUCUCUCCUUCCAGGACUGCAUCCCUUCUGGCCUGGGACCUGUUCCUAAACCAAUCUGCAGGGAGCACUGUCUGGCAGUGAAGGAGCUCUACUGUCGUAAGGAGUGGCCCCUGAUGGUAGGCAACUCCCAUAAAGGCCAGUACUCCUCUGGCUCCUCCGGCCUCUCUGUCCCCAUGCCUGACUGUAUGGCUCUGCCCUCACAACACACAACACCAGGAGCCUGCACACCCAUCCCCUUUGUCGAUAUAAAGAAAGAUCAAGUCACAACAACGUGUUACAAUGACAAAGGAAGGUUCUACCAAGGACCAGUCAACAUCACCGGCUCUGGUAUCCCCUGUCAGAAGUGGAGCCAACAGGGUCCCCACCUGCACCGUCUCAGUGUGGAUGUAUUAUCAGAGCUGAGGAACGCACAGAGCUCGUGCCGGAACCCCGGAGGAGAAAAUGAGAAGCCCUGGUGUUAUACAACCAACCCCAACAUCCGCUGGGAAUACUGCAACAUUCCCAAAUGUGGAGAAGUGGUAGUGAAGACGGAGUCAUCGUUCCCUCGCCAGAAUCCUCCCCUCCUCCCUCCCUCCGUCUCUCCGGCCUACUCUAUGAUCAUCAUCAUCUGUCUACUAGCAGCCUUCGCAGCCAUAGCGUUCCUCAUCAUCAUCAUGUGCAAGAGGAGGAGGAAGACAUGGAAGAACCACAAGACAGCCAUGGAGACCCCCACCCUGACUGCCUUACCCUCUGAGAGUCUGCUGCUGGAUCGCCUCCACCCCAACCCCAUGUACCAGCGCCUGCCCCUACUGCUUAACUCCAAGCUGCUGGCUCUAGAGUAUCCCAGGAACAACAUUGAGUAUGUCAGGGACAUCGGAGAGGGGGCCUUCGGACGGGUCUUCCAGGCCAGAGCCCCAGGUCUCCAGCCCGUUAAGCCCUUUACCAUGGUAGCAGUGAAGAUGCUGAAGGAAGAAGCAUCUGCUGACAUGCAGAACGACUUUCAGAGAGAAGCCGCUCUCAUGGCUGAGUUUGACCACCCCAACAUCGUCAGGCUGCUAGGUGUGUGUGCGGUGGGGAAGCCCAUGUGUCUGAUGUUUGAGUACAUGUCUUACGGAGACCUGAACGAGUACCUGCGCCGCCGUAGUCCCACCCAGCAACACAGCCUGAGCCAGGCCAGCCUAUCAGGACGCAGCUUCUCCUCCGAACUGGAGUUGGGGCCACUGUGCUGCGAAGAACAGCUGUUCAUAUCCAAGCAGGUUGCGGCGGGCAUGGCAUACCUAUCGGAACGGAAGUUCGUCCACCGCGACCUGGCCACCCGGAACUGCCUCGUAGGUGAGGAGAUGGUGGUUAAGAUCGCCGACUUUGGUUUAUCCAGAAACAUCUACUCUGCUGACUACUACAAGGCCAAUGAGAACGAUGCUAUCCCCAUCCGCUGGAUGCCCCCGGAGUCCAUCUUCUACAACCGUUACACCACGGAGUCGGACGUGUGGGCCUACGGGGUCCUUCUCUGGGAGAUCUUCUCCCAUGGCAUGCAGCCGUACUACGGCAUGGCCCAUGAAGAGGUCAUCUACUACGUUAGAGACGGCCACAUCUUGGCCUGCCCUGAGAACUGUCCUGUAGAACUGUUCAAUCUGAUGAGACUGUGUUGGAGUGGACACCCCACAGACAGACCCAGCUUCAGUAGUAUCCAUCGUAUCCUGGAACGGAUUCACGAGCAGACGCUGAGACCGGCCUUGCCUACGCCAGAGUUAAGGCCCACUCUAUCCACCCUGCCAACCUUGCCUGCCUUGCCUAACCUAUCUCCCUUUUCCCCCCACCCUGCCCUGUGCCCGGGGCCGUAGCCAAUUGAUUGAUACGGCAGGCUGCCAGGCAUUUACUCAAAUGUACAGUCAUUAGUGAUUUUAAUAGAUCCUGUCCCUCCCCAGAGCAAAAAUCUCUGGAUCCUGUGUCGUCUCAGACUCAAAUAAUGUUGGUCAGGACAGGGGGCAUCAUUGUUCAUAUCCAUUGUUCAUAUCCAUGGUGAAGAAGACCAGCGAUAGUAGAAAUGAAUGUUGUUGGUCAGGACAGGGGCAGCAGACUAAUGAAAUGACAUGAACUCAGUAUAGUGCCAAGACAACUGGAUAUUUAGGAGAGGCUGAUAUCGGAGAGGAAGUCGUGAUUACGAGCUGUUAAUCCUCCACUGCUUUCCCUCAAACUGACAUCUGCUUCACUGGUUCACUUCUGUUUCAAACUGAUUCACUGCUUCAGACGGGUUCACUUCUGUUUCAAACUGACUCACUGCUUCAAACUGGUUCACUUCUGUUUCAAACGGAUUCACUGCUUCAAACGGGUUCACUUCUGUUUCAAACGGAUUCACUGCUUCAAACAGGUUCACUUCUGUUUCAAACUGAUUCACUGCUUCAAACUGGAUCACUUCUGUUCCAAACUAAUUCACUGCUUCACCUCUCCCAUGCCUGGAAACAAUAUUUUAGAAACAAUCACCCGAUAAAGUCCAAGAAACAGAGCUGCUGCUGAACAGAGACCGUGUUAUUAAUCCACAUGGAACAAGAGACAGAGCUGCAGCUGAACAGAGACCGUGUUAUUAAUCCACAUGGAACAAGAGACAGAGCUGCAGCUGAACAGAGACCGUGUUAUUAAUCCACAUGGAACAAGAGACAGAGCUGCAGCUGAACAGAGACCGUGUUAUUAAUCCACAUGGAACAAGAGACAGAGCUGCAGCUGAACAGAGACCGUGUUAUUAAUCCACAUGGAACAAGAGACAGAGCUGCAGCUGAACAGAGACCAUGUUAUUAAUCCACAUGGAACAAGAGACAGAGCUUCAGAUGAACAGAGACCGUGUUAAUCCACAUGUAACUCAUUGCCCAUACUCUAUAUAAACGUGAAUGUUUCUACUGUGAAGUAAGCCAUGGGAAUAUGCAUCCAUUCAACCACAUCUGUGAGCUCAAAGCUGACUAGAAGGGUAUCAUUAGAGGCGGAUGACAGAGGUUAGAGAGCUAAUGUACAGAUAGUACAGUCAAUUCAUUCAGUACUUAACUAGUACAGUCAAUUCAUACAGUACUUAACUAGUACAGUCAAUUCAUUCAGUACAUAACUAGUACAGUCAAUUCAUUCAGUACUUAACUAGUACAGUCAAUUCAUUCAGUACUUAACUAGUACAGUCAAUUCAUUCAGUACAUAACUAGUACAGUCAAUUCAUUCAGUACUUAACUAGUACAGUCAAUUCAUUCAGUACAUAACUAGUACAGUCAAUUCAUUCAGUACUUAACUAGUACAGUCAAUUCAUUCAGUACUUAACUAGUACAGUCAAUUCAUUCAGUACUUAACUAGUACAGUCAAUUCAUUCAGUACUUAACUAGUACAGUCAAUUCAUUCAGUACUUAACUAGUACAGUCAAUUCAUACAGUACUUAACUAGUACAGUCAAUUCAUUCAGUACUUAACUAGUACAGUCAAUUCAUACAGUACUUAACUAGUACAGUCAAUUCAUUCAGUACAUAACUCGUACAGUCAAUUAAUUCAGUACUUAACUUGUACAUCAUUUAAACAUACUGACAAUAUGCCAUCAAAUAGGCUCAGCAUAUUCCAGCAGCGAUAUUUAUAUAUAUAUAUGUACUGUAGGUUUAGCUUAUUUUUAGACAAAUAGCUAUUCCACUUUUGGGCAUUCUCAUUAUGUUGAACUAUUGGUCCUUUUUUAAUCUUGUAUACUUUAUCGACACAUUUAGAUAGAAUGAUUCUUAUAGACUUGAGCACAGCUUUUUGUGUUGACUGGGUAGUGGUCCCUCUAGGUUAACAACGGUCAGUUUGAAAUGCAUUGCAACAAAUGUCUUCUAAUAAGCUUUUUGGAGAUUUGUUGGGUGUUGUGUUGGUUGUGGUGUUGAGUUGGAUAUUGGUUUGUGAAGAGUGUCAAUUAUUAUUUUAAGUUAAAUUAAACGUGUGUGAUCAUCAGCACAACAUUGAUUUAUAUAUAUGAUCAAUUAACUAAAAUGUUUUAAACCCCUUGUGACCUUUUUAAAAUGUGUGGUUCGAUACAGAUUGUUUCAAUAGAAUCGUUUUUGCUCAUCUCACAUAAACAAUGAUCCAUAAGCCCAUGUAGUGUAGACACAUCAACACUUUACUAGCAGUAUAAAGGACCCUUAUUUCUGAGACUGUGUGUCCCAAAUGGCACGUUAUUCCCUACGUAGUGCACUGGAUAGGGAAUGGGGUAUAAUUUGAUUCCCUACAUAGUGCACUGAAUAGAGGAUGAGGUGUAAUUUGAUUUCCUACAUAGUGCACUGAAUAGAGGAUGAGGUGUAAUUUGAUUUCCUACAUAGUGCACUGAAUAGGGGAUGAGGUGUAAUUUGAUUCCCUACAUAGUGCACUGAAUAGAGGAUGAGGUGUAAUUUGAUUUCCUACAUAGUGCACUGAAUAGGGGAUGAGGUGUAAUUUGAUUCCCUAGUAAAUCAUAAUUGUUGUAUCGGUCAACAUGUAUGUUACAGAUCUUGUAUGAUAGAUGGCACUGUUUCACCACAAUCACCCUCAGUUCAAUAAACCUUUGGUCCAUAAAGAAAGUCUAGGGCACAUAAUUGUUCCAGCAUGUGCUCUUUCUCUGAAGUGAACAUAGACAACGUGGACACAAUAGAACUCUUUAACAAACCGACACACAGGAUUCACCACCUCCACCAGACAAACCAACAUAAAUGUUCCUCUAAUGAUUUUAACAGUUUGCAAAUAAACUGGAUUCAGAAAGUGAAGAAAAAGGCAACAUGCUCAACCAUGAGGAAUCAUUAACUGGAGUUUCUAGCUCUCCGUCGGUUCCCACCGCUUGUUAGCUAGCUGAACUUCCAAGUGUCUUGACUAGUUAGUGGACUAACGGUACCACUGGUGUAGUUAGCAACCUCUUGGCUAAACCUCCAUCCGGUUUGUUUGGCAGUGCUGUUUCUUCAGCAUGUUACCCCACCAUUCAAACACCUUUUACCUUGAGUUACUUGGUUUACACACUACGUCUGCACUUGGUGUCUCAUGCUACGGCUCGACUAGCUGGCUAUCAUCACUCAGGCUAAUUAUCUAGCAUCCCUGUUGGCUCUACUUUAAUAAUACCGCCACCCUGGUAAAUAAAGCUUUCUGGUUCUGCUUCCCUGGCUCCUGGGGUACACUCCAUUCUGGAUUUACGGCACCUCAACAAGCAUCUGAGAGUCUACACGUUUCAAAUGCCAAAGCAUUGCAUGCUGUCAGACGUUUCCCUUCAGGGGCAUAGCCUACGAAUAUCUCACCUUACCAUUCGGUCUGCCCCUUGACCCACGGACAUUCACCAAGUGUGCCGAAGCCCCCCUAGCCCCCCUACAGGAUAGAGGCUUAAGAGUCCUGACAUACAUCGAUGACUGGUUGAUCUGGGCAUAUGGGCUCAGGCAACUGAGCACACAGCCCAGCUGUUGUCGCACCUGCUUGCUCUAGGCUUCAGGAUAAAUUGUACCAAAGGCUUGCUCUUACCGACCCAGCAGAACAUGAUUAGGGGAUUGUCUCUGGACUCCGUAGCCUGUCGAGCAGCCCUCACCAUAGAGAGCCACGGCUUUUCGCCACUUCCUCUGUGUUUUGCCUGGAAACAUCAGUCACGUACUGGAUGUGUCUUCACAGGCAAUCAGUGUGUUUUACAAGUGUCCCAUAGUAAGAUGUCGAACUGAAAGAGAACUUUGGGUUAUGGUCUGUAACCCCGGUUCACUGAAGGAGUUCAGGGAGACAUCCCACCAGAUCUCUUGUAAGACUCAUGUAAGAGGUAGUUCUUAGAAUGAGGAAACCAGAGCAGUGCAGGGUGUUAUAUAGACAAGAGGGGUAUACACCCACAAACUCUGAUUGGCCUGUUAAAACAUUUCCUUUCCUUGUUGAUGAACUUUGAAAAAAAUCUACCAGUCAAGUUUUUCCUUUUUCUUUUUACUAUUUUCUACAUUGUAGAAUAAUAGUUAAGACAUCAAAACUAUGAAA